CGAGCUGCGUGCACAGCGACCAAGGCCUGCAAUCGUGAAUGCAAGCCAAGCAAGCAGCAGCAGCCAGCCGGCUGCCAUGGCAUGGCAUGGCAUUCGCACUCGUCAUUUCACGCCUCGACCUCUCCUCCACACCCAUCCCUAUCCGCUCAAUCGCCACUCAGACUACAUCCACAUCCCUCCCCCCCACACAACACAUCGCAUACACACCAUGACGGACGCAUCGGGAAGGGAUGGCAAGCUGUUCGCGCGCGGCAAGGUGGCCGAGCUCAAGGCGGAGCUCAUCUCGGAGAAGAAGGACAAGGGUUGGGUGCGCAAGAGGACGACGUUGAAGAGGAUCAUUGCUAAUGCCACCAUGGGCAACGACAUGUCCAGCCUGUUCAACGAUGUCGUCAACACCUGCAUGGCCAUUCAAGUAUUGGAGAUCAAAAAGAUGGUUUACUUGUACCUCAUCAAUUAUGGCAGAUCGCAGCCCGAGCUCAUCCCAAACGCCAUUCCUGGCUUUCUAUCUGACUGCAACGAUCGCAAUCCGCUCAUUCGCGCACUGGCCAUACGCACAAUGUCUUACAUUCACGUCCCCGUCGUCAUAUCCGCCCUGCUCGAUCCUCUGCGACAAUCGCUGCGGGAUAGCGAUCCCUACGUUCGCAAGACGGCCGCCAUCUGCGUCGCCAAACUGUACAUGCACGAUCGCAAAGUGGUGGACAGGCAAGGCUUGAUCGGAAUGCUCAGGGAUCUCUUGGCCGACACGAAUCCUACCGUCGUGGCCAACGCAGUGGCUGCGCUCACAGAGAUCAGCGAGAGGUCGGACAACAUCCAACUCAAACUGAACCUCACCAUCGCCAGCAAGCUGGUCAGCGCGCUGCCGGAUUGCUCCGAGUGGGGUCAGACCUACAUUCUAGAGAGCCUCAUGUUCUUUGUGCCGCAAGAUUAUGCAGACGCAGAGAUUCUAGCUGAACGCAUCGCAGUCAGGCUUCAGCACGCCAAUUCGGCCGUCGUGCUCACCAGCGUCAAGGUCAUCCUCUACCUCAUGAACUACAUUGCAAGCGCAGAAUUCAGGGAGAGCCUCUGCAAAAAGAUCAGUCCGCCGUUGGUCACCCUCCUGUCUUCAGGACCCGAAGUGCAGUACGUCGCGCUGCGCAACAUUCUCCUCGUCAUUCAGCGCAGACCCAUCGUGCUGCAACACGACGUCAAGGUGUUCUUUUGCAAGUACAAUGAUCCCAUCUACGUCAAGAUGGCCAAGCUGGAAAUCAUGUACAGGCUCGCAUCGGAGCGCAAUGUGGAGCAGGUCUUGGCAGAGUUGAGAGAGUAUGCUGCAGAGGUGGACGUGGACUUUGUGAGGAAAGCCGUGCGGAGCAUCGGCAGGCUGGCGAUAAAGAUCGAAUCUACAGCGGACAGGUGCAUCAAGGUGCUGCUCUCGCUCAUCCAGACCAAGGUCAACUACGUCGUUCAAGAGGCCAUCGUCGUCAUCAAGGACAUUUUUAGAAAGUACCCCGAUCGAUACGAGAGCAUCAUCAGCGUCUUGUGCGAGAAUCUGGACAGCCUAGACGAGCCCGAAGCGCGAGCGGCCAUGGUGUGGAUCAUUGGGCAGUACGCUGAGCGCAUCGAAAACUCCGACGAGCUGCUCGAAGACUUUUUAUUCACCUUUUUGGACGAGCCGGUAGAAGUUCAACUCGCACUGUUGACCGCUACAGUCAAGCUGUUCCUCAAGCGUCCUGCAGCGGGUGGAGAAUUGGUACCGAAAGUGCUCAAAUGGGCUACGGAAGAGGUGGAGAAUCCGGAUCUGCGGGAUCGCGGAUACAUGUACUGGCGUCUGCUCUCGACGGAUCCUGCAGCCGCUCGCGAUGUGGUGCUGUCGAACAAGCCAGCUAUCAGCACAGAGACGGACAGGAUGGACAGGACGCUGCUGGAUCAAUUGCUAUUGCACGGUGCUAGCCUCGCGAGCAUUUUCCACCGCCAACCGCAGACUUUCAUUAGGGGCAGCAAAGCUCGAUAUCUUCCCGACUCGCCUGCCAUCGAUGAAGCGGCCAAGAAGAGUGCAAGCCGGCACUUGUACUCUCGACCGACGCCUAGAAAUCCCGGUGGCCUGGCAAAUGUUCAAGCCGAAACGGGUGCACGAGCUGCACCACCUUCAGCGCUUCCGCCAAGCACCACAGACGGCGCAGCGGCGACGGAUGAUGCUCCCGCCACGCCUGGGGCGCUCGCGCACAAUGGAUCAUCCGCCCCGACUGCCUCUGAAGGGGCUACGGCAGAAACGAAUCGCUCCUCGGACGAAGUUCGACGAGGCGAUUCAGCAGAUCGGCCCAGUGGUGCGAAUGGAGAGGCCGAAGAAGAUCCUUACGCGAUGCUUGGUGAUCUUGGACCGGAAUUUGGAGGUGUCGGAGGCGGUUAUGCUGCAGAUGCGCCUGCACCACGAAGCGGAGUGGACGACUUGCUGGCCUAGGGCGGGCAUGUCGCAUCACAUUCGUGGCGCUCCACUCCCCCAUGGCGCUUUUACCCACACGUACGAUGAUUCAUGUCUUUGACAAAAGGUACUCGAGAGUAAUGUAACAUACAUGAUGCGAACUUUGAGCGCCCUCUCUCUCUCUCUCUCUCUCUCUCUCUCACUUGAUGCUCCGCCCAUUGACUGCCGAUUCGCCCAACUUGACGCUCUUCUCGGGCGGGCUCCUGCCGCGCGUGGGUGUGGAGCUGCCAGG